AUGGCACCUGAAAAGAUCACGACCAUCUCGCCCACCACCAACAAGCCCGUCGUCGAGCGACAAGGACUAUCCGACGCAGAGCUUGCACAGCUGCCCAAAACGGCACAUCAAACCUUCCAGGCAUGGAGCAAGACGCCCCUUGAGGAGAGGCAAAGGGUGGUCAAGAACGCCCUCACGAUCCUCACGGAUAGGCAAGAUGACCUGGCCGCCGAGCUUACGGAGCAGAUGGGGAGGCCUAUCUCCUACGCCUCCAAGGAAGUGGCAACGGCUAUCCUACGAGGGGAGUACAUGCUGAAGAUCAGCGACGAGGCGCUGAAAGACACUCCUGGUGAGCCGCAGGAGGGCUUCAAGCGGUGGAUCAAGAAGGCUCCUCUUGGGCCAGUGCUUGUGCUGUUCGCAUGGAACUACCCAUAUCUCAUACUGGCCAACUCCCUCUUCCCAGCCCUGCUUGCUGGCAACAGCGUCAUCCUCAAGCCUUCACCCCAAACACCGACCAUCGUUGAGAGAGUUAAUGAGAUCUUCCUCGAAGCUGGCCUCCCAAGGGGUGUCAUCCAGUACUUCCAUUGCGGUGACUUCUCCACCAUCGAAAAAGUUGUUCAGUCACCAGAGAUCAACCUCGUCUGCUUCACCGGCUCGGUGGCGGGCGGUCUAGCAGUACAGAAAGCCGCAGCAGGACGAGUCGACUGCAAAGUCGGCCUGGAGCUCGGCGGGAACGACCCAGCCUAUGUUCGUCCCGACGUUGAUGUCGACUGGGCAGCAGACGAGAUCGUUGACGGGGCUGUCUUCAACUCCGGACAGAGCUGUUGCAGCCUCGAGCGCGUCUACGUUCACCAAGACAUCCACGACAACUUCAUCAAAGCUGUGCAGAAAGUGCUCUCGAACUACAAGCUCGGUGAUCCGCGAGAGAAGUCCACCAACGUCGGUCCAGUCAUCAGCAAGGCAGCAAAAGAACGGGUUCAGUCCCACAUCGACGAUGCUGUCUCGAAAGGUGCAAAGGACGCCACGCCCUCCAACUCCAGCUUCGAGUCCCCACCAGCAGACGGCAACUAUGUCAAGCCCACCCUUUUGACCGGCUGCAACCACACCAUGAAAGUGAUGCGCGAUGAGACUUUCGGCCCAACCAUCCCAGUGCAAUCCGUCUCCUCAGAUGCGGAAGCAGUCAAGUUCAUGAACGACAGCCAGUUCGGCCUCACAGCCUCCAUCUGGACGAAGGACGUGCAGAAGGGUCAGCAGCUGGCCGAGGACGUCGAGGCAGGCACAGUCUUCGUCAACCGCGCAGACUACCCAAGCCCGGAUCUGGCGUGGACUGGAUGGAAGGACAGCGGGAAAGGGCAGACGCUGAGCGUCUUCGGUUUCGACCAGUUCGUGCGGUUGAAGAGCUACCACGUCAAAGACUACCCUGCGAAAUAG